ACAGUCGGUGGGCUAGCGGUACCGUGUAUACAUUCAAAUCGCCGUACUAGACGAUUGUAAAAUCAAAUUCGAAAUGGAGGUCGAGGUGCUUGGAAACGCGAUGUCGUUGACAUCGCUCUUGGUCCUGAUCGCUCUGGGUUUCAUCGUCCUACUCUUACUAAAUGACUACUGGGCCCACGGAUACUGGAAGCGGCGAGGGAUACCCUUUGAGCCCCCUCUUCCAAUCAUCGCUAAUAUGAGAGUCUUCGCUAAGGGUGUUGUUGAGGCCUUCGAGGUCAUGCAGGAAAAGCAUGGCAAGGUGUAUGGGAUAUAUUCUUUUCGAACUCCCGUGCUUGUGGUUGGUGAUCCUGAAAUGCUACGCAGCAUCACCGUUAAGAACUUCAACAGCUUCCACAGCAGAGUAGAUAUACCCCAAGCUGCCGGGGAGUUAAGGAGCAUGGUGUCCAUUCUGGAAGGCGAGCGCUGGAAGGAAGUCAGGAACAUUCUAACCCCAACAUUCAGCGCAGCAAAGAUGAAACAGAUGUCGAGUCUCAUUAACACCAACGCAGACACUUUGGUGAAGUACAUCGGCAUCAAGCAAACAGAGAAAGGACGCAUUGAAUGCCCAGAGGUUUUCGGAUCUUUCGUGAUGGACACGAUUGGAAGCUGUGCGUUCGGUCUCAACAUCGAUUCGCAGUCGAAUCCCGGUAACCCAUUUGUGACGAACGCGAAAAGCGCUUUCAAGUUUGACUUCCAGAAACCACUCUUCAUCCUAGGAAGUCUGAUUCCAUCGUUAGGGAGACUUAUGGCUAAUCAUAGGAUCUCAAUGUUGAUUCCUGCUGAUGUGCUCGACUUCUUCAAUGACGUCACCAAGAAAACUAUCAACCUGAGAAAAGAAGCAGUAUCUGGAUCAAACUUUAAAAGGGUUGACUUCCUGCAAUUGCUGCUCGAUGCUCAGAAGCAGGAAACAGUCGACAAGGCCAUUGACCCUGUAGAGGACGACAAGGAGAACGACAUCCAUGAUGACUUGGACAAGCAUCACGAUGUCAACUACCACACCAAGAGUCUCGGCAAGGGAGCUCCUCUGACCGAUGUAGAAGUGUUUGCACAGGUGCUAAUUUUCUUCACCGCUGGAGCCGAGACAACCACUACUCUCCUUGGGUUCAUCUUCUACGCGUUGUCCAUGAACCCAGAUAUCCAGGAGAAGCUUAUCAGCGAGGUUGACGAGGUGACGCCCUCACGCGACUCCGUCGGGUAUAGUUCCAUCGCCACCAUGCCCUACCUGGAUCAAGUGGUCUGCGAGACACUUCGGUUGUUUCCACCCGCUGGCAUUUCUAACAGGAUGUGUAACGAGACCUUUGUACACAAUGGAUUGAUGAUUGAGAAGGGCACCCAAGUCUUCAUUCCUGUCUACAACAUCCAUCGCGAUCCGGACUACUGGCCAGAACCGGAGAAGUUUGAUCCGGAGAGAUUCACCAAAGAAGCCAAGGCCAAGCAACACCCGCUCGCUUGGCAACCUUUCGGAGCCGGUCCUCGCAACUGUAUCGCGAUGCGUUUCGCUUUAAUGGAAACCAAGAUGGCCGUCGUGCGCGUACUUCAGAACUACCGCUUCGAGACAUGCGCUGAGACGGAGAUCCCUCCGACGUUCGGGCGAUCUGGUUUCCUGACACCACCCAACGGGGUCACGCUUAGUGCGGUACCCAGAACUGACAAGGUUGCCUAGACACGAUCUCAGAUACGUGGAAGAGUUCAAACAACUCGAGGGCGAAUUGACUACCUUAUUGUAUGUCUGUAAGAAAUCAUUUUCGGAUGACACAAUAUGUCAUUGUAUGUUUUAUAUAAUAAUAAUAGGUCCAUUUAUAUAGCGCAGCCACUAUU